AGCCAGCCUGGGCCUAGAAGCACCGUAGUGCCAUGGAACACUAUCAACAGUAAGCUGCCGUGGAACAUAGUGCUGCUCAUGGGAGGCGGCUUCGCCCUGGCAGACGGCGUUCAGGAGUCGGGUCUGUCGCGUCUGAUCGGCGAGCAGCUGCGAGUGUUGGAUGCUCUACCUGCGUGGCUGCUCGUACUCGUUCUCUGCCUGCUCGUCGCUUCUCUCACGGAGACGGCUAGCAACGCAGCCACGGCCUCCAUCAUGAUACCCAUACUCGCCGACCUGGCAGAGGCGCUGUGCAUACAUCCCUACUACCUGCUUUACAGCGCCACGAUCGCCUGCUCCUUCGCGUUCAUGUUGCCCGUGGCAACCCCUCCAAACGCCAUCGUGUUCGGUUACGGAGUGCUCAAGAUAUGGGACAUGGUAAAAGCAGGGGCCAUGACGAAUCUGCUCUGCAUCAGCAUACUCUGUAUCUCGAUCAAUACGUACGGAUACUUCGCCUUUGGAUUCAACACGUUUCCGAGUUGGGCAGUCACCUAUCCGACAAACCACACGUGUUUUACUUAACUCCAUUUACCGAAAACAGAAUUUAUGUUGAGCAUUAAAUCACAUGAUAUGAUCAGUAGACUCGGAGAUCACCCAUUUAUCAAUCUGCUUUUACAAUUGUACUGUUUAUAGUGCCCAAUCCGGAUUCUUGAGGAUUUAGAUCUGGGCAUUCAUUCCGAGAUUUCGAAUUAGUGGCAGCAAUAAUUAAAGGAUAUUUUUGACUUUGGUCUAGAUAAAAUUUGGGCUCGUGCGAAAUAAUUAUUAGUCCUUGGAAAUAGUUGCAUAUUUCUACAAUGUUGUUUCACAAAAUACUUUGCACACACGCGCGC